AUGGCCAAGUCGAAGAAGAAUUUGAACCCGGACGAGGCUGUGCUCGAGGAAACCACCUCGGAUCCUCAAGACGUCGCUCACAGGGUGUUGGCCAUAGAGAUACCCGAGCAGACCAUCGGCCGCAUUGGCAACCUAGAGCGUGAAUUCGGCCAGAUCCGUAGAGACAUGGACAAGGCCGAGAAUCAUAGGCGGCGAGAAAUGGAUAGGCAAUUCGGCGAUCUCCAGCGCGACUUAGCCGAAAUGAGGAAGAACCAACAGAAAGAGAUGGACGAAGUCUGCGCCAUGUUUAGGGUUCUUGCUUCCAACCAGCAACAGGGAGUUGAAAGGGCUACUCAGGGCUCGAAUACACGACAAGACAAAGGUAAAGGUUUGCUAGUCGCACCGAACUACCAAACCGACACUGAGGUCGAUCCCAACAAUAUUUCGCAUAUUGGGACGAGUACAGAGGUAGGCCGAAGGAACACUAUGGCGCCCCCUCAAGAUCGGCAUCAACAAGAUGCCUACGGUGAAAGAACCCCCUGCGCUCCACGAUUUGCCCAUUGCAAUCAGAAUAGGGCAGAAUUUACUUCAGAAGGGGAGCAAGACGAGUCCCCAGCUCGUCAAAGAAGAGGAUCUCGAUUCCAUACUAGGCAGGAAGAGCGUCGAACCCCAUCAGUGCGCUAUGAGUUCCCUAAGUUUAAUAGGGAACACCUGCGUGAAUGGCUUUUCAUGGCAGAGCGUUAUUUCUUGUGUCACCACGUCCCCGAAGAGGAAUGGAUAGAGAUAGCUACAGCUAACAUGACAGGGGAAGCCACGACGCAUUUUCUGUGGUUCAACCACAAUACAGAUAAUCAGACGUGGGAGAAGUACAAGGCCAGUCUCCAACUACAAUUUGGAGAUUCGACUUUUAUCGAUUACGAUGAGGACUUGAAAAACAUAGUCCAGACCACUACCGUGCCCGCAUACAAGAGGCAAUUCGAACGCCUAGCCAGCAUGGUAAGAUGGCCAGAAAAGGCCCUCAUCGGAGCAUUAAAAGGUGCCCUUCGUAAUGACAUUAAGCGAGAGAUGAAAAUCCAUCGCUUUGAGAAGCUAGAAGAAUGCAUCGCCAUGGCACGCCUGUAUGAAGAGCGAAUCGAGGAGAGAAGAGCCGAGAAAAAGGCUCACAAAUUUGAUAAGCAGAGGAAGAAAAACUCCUACCCCUCUGGUUCUCGCAACAAUAGAAGGGAGUUAGUUCCUUACAAGAAGGAGAACGACCCACGGCCCUACCACAACUCCUACCAAGGGCAGGGCAAGAAACCGCCCCUACGCUACCUCACGCCUCAACAAAUAGAGGAAUACAGACGAAAGGGUCUGUGCUACAGAUGUGAGGGAAAAUGGGACAAAUAUCACAAGUGCCCAGCCUAUUUCUGGGUACAGGUGAUAAGUGAUGUAGACACAAGCUCGUGUACAGACAGCGACUCGUCUUCCAGUGCGUCUUAUGAGUCCAGUUCAUCCUCGUCCGAAGAGGAAGUGAUUCAGACACGCAGGCAUAGACACACCGAGAAAAAGAAAGAGGUCACCAAGGAAGAGGCUCCUACUAAAGAGGAGAAGCCUACCGAGGCUGAGUCUCUUCAUUCGAUGCAAAACCCAAACAAACCCAACUCGUUUAGGGUAUUUGGGAGGAUCAACGGCAAGAAGAUCCUCACAUUGUUGGAUAACGGGGCAACUAGAAACUUCCUAACAGAGGAAGCAGCCAGGAAAUGUAACGUCCUCUUGGAAUCCAGUCAACCCCAAACGAUUGUUGUGGGAGGGGGUCUAAGGCUGAAAUGCCUAAGUGAAGGGAAGAACAUGGAAAUAGUCAUAAAGAAAAAGUCCUUCAGAAUCGACUUCCUUGUCAUUCCCCUCGAUGGCGUCGACUUGAUUCUCGGUAUGCCCUGGUUCUUCACACUGGGCAUUAUUUCAUGGGACGUGAGGAAUUUCAGUAUGACCUUCACGCCCGAUGGAGAGACAGAGUCAAUGACCCUACAAGGGAUCACGAGCACUACUCGUCCCAAGGCUGCCUUACGAGCCAUAGAGGCUGCACAACCUGCGUGUUGGGUGAUGGCACUCGCUACGGAUGUGCCAGCAAAAGAAGAGCAAGAAGAGAUUGUGCCAGAACGAAUACAGAAGGUGUUCGACCAAUACGGGGACAUCUUUGAGGAGCCCAAGGGUCGUCCUCCUCCUAGAUCAUACGAUCACAAAAUCAUCAUGACACAAGGGGCCGAACCUGUAAAUGUACGGCCCUACCGGUAUGGAUACAACCAGAAGGCUGAGAUCGAGCGUCUGGUUAAAGAAAAUCUUGAAAGCGGCAUCGUUCAACCCAGCAGUAGUCCUUUUUCUUCUCCUGUUCUACUCGUGAAGAAGAAGGACAAUACAUGGCGCUUCUGUGUUGACUAUCACGCCCUAAACGAAGCCACAGUAAAAGAUCGCCAUCCCAUACCUGUGAUCGACGAGCUAUUGGAUGAACUAGCCGGAGCAACCAUCUUCUCCAAAAUUGAUCUUAGGGUCGGCUACCAUCAGAUUAGGAUGGACAAGGAUGAUGUUCCAAAGACCGCAUUUCGCACGCAUGACGGCCAUUACGAAUUUCUGGUCAUGCCCUUCGGUCUUACUAACACCCCUGCAACAUUCCAGAGAUGUAUGAAUGACAUCUUUCGACAGUACCUCCGGAACUUUAUUCUAGUCUUUUUCGAUGACAUUUUGAUAUACAGUCGCAGCGAGGAACUGCAUGAACAACAUCUCAACGUAGCUCUUCAAGUGUUAAGGGAUAACCAGUUGUAUGCAAAACGGUCCAAAUGCAGCUUUGGACAACCAAGCAUUGGUUAUCUGGGGCACAUCGUGUGCCAACAAGGGGUUCGGGCAGACCCCGAAAAAUUGGACGCCAUGCAAAGAUGGCCACUGCCUAAGGAUAUGAAAGGUCUCAGAGGCUUCCUAGGCCUCACAGGAUAUUAUCGGAGGUUUAUUCAAGGUUAUGGGCUUAUUGCACAACCUCUGACGCAGAUGUAA